AAACCUCAGUUUUGUAGUUGCGUUAGAUGUCGCGCAUGCGUUUGGUCCGUGCGCACGCGGGUUUUUUUUCCUUCACAUAAUCAAGUUCGAAUUUAUAUUUUUAUAUUCGAAACGAGAAAAAAAGAUAAAAUUUUAUAGAAUAAAAAAACAAUUUUAUUUUUUGGGACUACUCGAGAUAUUUUUUUGCGAAAAUGUCAACGCACUUUCGUGCAACGGUUUGAUAAAAUGGUAUACAUUGUCGUUCAAUAAAAAAAAAUGUUUCAUUUGACAAAAAUAAAAUAAAUAUAAACAAUUUACAAUCAACAGAAAAUAUUAAAAGAAAGAGAAACGUUGUGUAAAAAAAGUGACCUGUGUGUGCUCCAGAAGUGCAAAACUGAAAUAAAUAACGUGAUAUCUCAAUUUGAAAAUCUUUUCAAAUAUAAUAUACACUUAACGACAACAUACGGUGGUACCCUAAAUUGGCUCUUAUCGCAUUAUUUUAAUCUAUAAAAAUAUAGAAACUGACCCUAUAUACAGUGGUUUUCGACGUUUUCUUUUUUCUCGUAUGGUUUUUGGUUUUAACAUUUAAUGUGAAAAAAAGAGUCAUAAAGGAUACCUAUAUAACGUGACAGAAAAUGGAACAUGUAUCUGAAGAGGUUGAUGCAGUCAUGUGUCCAUGUGUGUUUUAAUGUUCACUCAUAGUUAAGCAAACAAAGAUAAGGAUAUCAUCAUCCUGCAUUUGUUAAUAACAGCGGCAACAUUUCAAGCAAAAAUUGAUGAGUGUUUGAUUAAGUGUAAAAACAUCCUUUAACGUUUUGUGUGAAUUGAUUGCUGUAUUGUUGAUGACUAAAUAAGUAAUUGAUUCAAAUAACUGAGAAUUCGGAACAAAAUUUGUUGUAACUCAAAAAAGUAAUCAGUAAACUUCCGGAGUUUUAAAAGCAUAAAAGUCCGUUGGCGAGUAUUGCGGAUUCAUUUUCUCAGACGCACAUGGGCGUCUGUACCGUAGAGCGCCCUGUGAUGCAUUGGCAGCAGAGCGCAAGAUUUUUGGGGCCACCACGAGAACGCAGUCCAUCCCUACCCGGACCACUAAACAAUUCAUGCAAUGUCGGCAACAACAACCAUCCGUUGCAUCGACCAUGUUCGUCAUGCCCGGAACAAUGCGAACACAGCUCAAAGCAUUUUGGCCCCAGUCCCAUUUUCAACGAAUCAUGUCGAAGUUAUGAAACACCUGAACGGACGAUAUUCGAUGAUUCGGGAAUGGGAUUCUUGGACUCGAGUAGUCGGGUAGAGUGCACGGAAAUGCGUAGUGGUGGAACGUCUUGUUUGGAGUUGAAAUCCGAGCCAAUGGGACCUAGUAGUCCGGAAUCAUCGUCCGAAAUUCUAACAGGACCCGAUGAUUGUGCAGGAUGUGGACGACUCAUACAGGAUCGUUUUUUUCUGCAAGCAGUCGAGAAACGGUGGCACGUCGGUUGCUUACGGUGUUGUGUAUGCAGUCAGUUAUUAGAAAGUGAAACAUCGUGUUUUUCUCGAGAUGGAAAUAUUUAUUGUAAAUCAGAUUAUUAUAGAGUAUUUCAGAGUACCAGAAGGUGUUCCAAAUGUAUGGCCUCAAUAAGUUCCUCAGAGCUCGUGAUGCGUGCUCGUCACUUAGUUUUUCACAUUAGAUGUUUCUCCUGUGCUGUGUGUAAUACACCGUUAACGAAGGGUGAUCAAUUCGGUAUGCGAACGGAUUUGGUAUUUUGUAGGUUACAUUAUGAAAUUAGCUUAGAAUCAACGUCAACGGCACCGACACCACUCACUCUAUCGUGUCAAUACUCCCAGUAUGGAUCGUCGCCGAACGGUCCGUCUAGUCCUAGUGAUAUUAGUAUGAAAGUUGGAUCAGCUGGAUUUUUCAACUCAACACCGCAUGGUGUGCCUGGCCUACCUCAACCACCACGACAGAAAGGACGACCGCGGAAACGAAAACCGAAAGAUAUCGAAUCGAUGACCGCCAAUUUGGAAUUGAAUUCCGAAUAUCUGGAUCUUGGUUACGGUCGCGGUAGUCAUAUGAGUGCCUCAUCCAGAGCGAAGCGUAUGCGAACAUCAUUCAAACAUCAUCAGCUGAGAACAAUGAAAUCCUAUUUUGCUAUCAAUCACAAUCCAGACGCAAAAGAUUUGAAGCAACUGUCCCAAAAAACUGGUCUUCCCAAACGUGUGCUCCAAGUGUGGUUUCAGAAUGCUCGAGCAAAAUGGCGACGAAUGAUGAUGAAACAGGAAGGCAAAGGCGGUGGUAGCGAAAAGGGUGACGGUUCAUUGGAUUUGGAUAGUUACAGCCACAGUCCAACGUAUAUGUUAGGCGGUGGACCACCGAGCCCGAAUUCUAUUGAUUAACAGUAUAGAAUACGGCAAUGUUUGCUCAAAUUGAUCUCAUUGCAUAACA